GUGACCUCUGACCUAUCACAUGACAGCGGAUGACGUCGUGUGUAUAUAUGAAUGAAGAGCUACAUUGGGUGUCCGUAUGGUUGUAAACAUGAGGUUAACAAAUUCAGGACUCCUUAUAUUUGCUCUGUUUGUAUGCAAUGUUAACGGACUUUCUACAUCGGGACUUCGUACUGGGGGAACCGGGACAACCCUUAAUAAAGAUUCUUCCACUCAAACGGAGUCCUUGUCAGCACAAUCAAGUUCCGGUGUUGCAUCAACCAACACAUCGCCGACCAGCAUGACGACAGGGCCCUCGUCCUCCAUUAUGUCAACGCAGUCAACCGCAGCGCCAUCUGAUGUGACUACUGAAUCGACCAUGACAACAACUACAUCUUCCACAAAUCUGACAACAGAACCAAGUCAUUUAAAUAUGACAACACAGGUUUCAACAGCAUCAACACAGCCGACAAUAAACAUGUCCAGCGAAGUUCCAUCCAACGUUUCAACCUCACCAUCGGACAUUUCGUCACAGUCUGCCAUGACGUCAUCACCAUCACACUCCAUUCCCCACACUACUCCACGCGGGAAUCCUCACGUGUCAUCUCCUUCAAAGAACAAAUUCAACGCCUGGAGUUUCCUGGGGGGUGUGGCCGUAGGGUUAUUUGUGACAUUGGUGUGUAUUGGGUUGGUUCAUUUCGUCAACAAACGAAAGACACAAGCGAGUGACAGCGUGCAGUAUAAAGCAAUGAUAUAAUGCUCUCUUUUUUCUCUUCAUAACAUUGUAAGAUUUCCUAGUCCUCUGUUGAUUCCGUCGUUUCUUUACAUCUAGUCUGAUGAACUAAUCAGUGGCAUCUGUUUGUUUCUCUAAUGCAAGACAUAGUUGAUAACUGAGUUCUGAGUGUGACGGAAUGUGGUUCGCAAUCCAAUCAAAUUCAAAUGUUAGAUCUGCUCGUGUACAAACAUGUAUGUAAGUAUGCGAAUUGGAUUGCUUUCAUCGUAGACAUUUCACAGUAUGUAAACAAGACUUUGUUAGAUUAACGCGCACAGGGGGGUUAUGUUCGGUCGUGAGUGUAUUUUUACUUUUACAUUUGACAUAUAGAUACAUGUAUUAAGUUAUUUUCUAUUUAUCUAAUGUUUUUGUACGUUGCAUGUAUAUUGAAUGAAAUAAAAACGACACUAAAACAAAA